CUGUCCUGGCGCGACUUUAGGAAAUGCCCCAAUUUCCAGGCUGCUUCCUCUCUUAUGAAACACCCGCCGAAGGAUGGAGGAGGAGAAGGGACUCAGACACGAGAGCUGUGAUCCUUACCUUGAAUUCAUCCAGCAGGUCGGAGCUGAGCAGCUGGAUGCUGAGGUCGUCAUCUUUUGAUUGCUGUGGGAGGAUGCAAUGGAAAUGAGAGCUUUUUUAGGCAGCGCCACACACUCACUUCAGCUGCUCGGGGUGUUGUCUCAGAGUGCUGCUGGAGACUGCAACGCUCUCCAGAGAGGUGUCAAAGCAAUGGCAGCCCCAAGAAGCCACCCCAGUCUGUCUGCCAGAGGGACAUUGUGUGUUGUGUAACACCAUCCCUGGAGGUGUCUCACCAUCCCUGGAGGCGUUUAAGGAGUGACUGGACGUGGCACUCAGUGCUCUCAUCUGGUUGACAAGGGCAUGACGUUGGAUAUUUCACAUCUGGAGACCUGCUUUCUACCACCCUUGUCGGAAUUUGCGACGUGACUCACGUCGACCUCGGCAGAGAAACCCAGGGGAUCUCAGCACUGGGGUUCCAGGAGCGAGGAGUGUGUGCUCUGGGAGGAUGGACGAGGUUGUCUCAGAGGGAGCAGGUGAUCCAACCUGGCUGUUUCCCCUGCCAAAUACCUUAAUUACUUCAUCUUAACUGCUGAGACCCAAAGACACCAUGGUACCAUAGAAUGCUUUGAGUUGGAAGGGACCUUACAGAUCGUUUGUUUCCAACUUCCCCCCUGCCAUGAAGGGUGAACUUGAGUUAUGAAAGCAGUAGAGUUCAGACACUGAAAAGCCAUUCCCAAAAUCCUCUUGCUCCCAGGGGUAUGACCUGCUGCUCUCCAGGGGGGCUGAGGUGUCUGCUCCACUUCUGCUCAGCACUGGUCUCCUUGAGCUUUUUCAGCACUUUGCCAGGGAUUUAUCUUUUUGUGGAAGUCUGAGGAAGAUUUGCUUCAUUAACAGGAUCAGGCACUUGUGACUAUUUUGGUUGUUGCUUUCCCUGUCGCCUCUGAGGGCUGUAACCAGGAAGUGGAAGAUGAAGCUGAAUGGUGGAAAACCCCUCUCACUGAAAAUAGUGUUUAAAAAUAAGAAGAUUAAAAAAAAAAAAAAGAAGAAGAAAUUAAGAGAUCUGAAGGGAACUUACUCUGCUGGCUGUCCCUGCCUGUCAGGGAAGGAGAGAUGGGCACUUCAUCUCCCACUCCUCAGAAGUGUGUCUGCUGGAAAUAAGAAGUCAAAUUAAGGCCUUGCACUGGCCUUGAUUUAUAUUUAUGACUAAAAGGGGCUGUGCAGUGAGGAGAUGCAUUACAAGGGACCAAGUCUUCAGUUUUCCACCGAGAUCAGAGGACACUGGUUAGCAGAAGGCCGGGCUGGUGGAGCCACGUGUGCCAGGCUCAGGCAGAGCUUUUCAGGGGAAUUGGUAAGAGGAUGAACCUCUGGAAAAAUUAACCUUGCCUCGUAGCCUGGCUUUCCAGGAAUUCAUGCCUAGAAGCAAACAUUGCCCAAUUUUCCCGGUUUUUCUCAUUUCCACAGGUUGUUUUAUCAAAUAAUGUAGGAAUUAGUGGAGCCAAGUGGCUGUGAGGUGCCAGGUGUCUCUUAGUCCUGAUGUCUCUCUGCCCCAGAGCUGGAGCAGGGCUCCCCAGGUGCCUCUGUGUGUGUGUUCACGUGCAUCCAGCCCCGGAGAAACCAGCUUUGGCUCCUCCUGGUUGUGAAAUUGAGACGGGCACGAUUCAAACCCGGCCCAAAACCGAAACCCGGCUCUGGGUUGCGUCGUGAAUCCACGGCCAAUUUACUGAAACACGAGUUUCAGUUUUGGUGAAAGCUAAAUCUAUGACAGCUCUGCCUGGCUAUUGGAGUGAUUCAUUUGCUCCCCAGAGAAUUCAAAGCUGGAGCUGAUGGCAGCCAGCUCUCAGUUUCUCCUCUCUCAGGCUUCAUUUGUUGCCUGCACUGUCAGCACGUUUCACCCUCGGGGGCAAACCUGGCUGCUGUGUGGGACGGUUGGAUUCAUCACCUGCUCCAGCCUGAGGCACAACCUGGUUUUCUGCCAAAAGGCACUUGGGGAUAUGGUUUUGGGGUGAUCAUGGUUAUGGCUGAUGGUUGGACUGGGUGACCUUGACGGUCUCUUCCAACCCGGAUGAUCCUGUGAAAUGUCCCGCCUGACCUCGGCUAUCACACCAGUUUUUAGCUCUUCCAAAAACAAGGGUGGGAGGAAUACAAGAGCUGGGUGAUGGGUAUGUGCAUCUCAGCAGGCCGUGGUCUGGCAUCUGCCACGAGCUGCCCAGAGCCCAGUGCUGUCCUGGCAGUGUUGGUGCUGCUGCUGUCGUUGUUCCUGUGACAGCCACAGCAGCAGCCACCUGUGUGAUGGAUAUUUCUCUUGCCUUCUGAGAAUAAUUUGGAAAUCUGGAAAGCCACACUAUUCAAGGCUCUGGCUCUGGGGGGAUAUUUCACCACAAAGCAGCCCCUGUGGCUCCUGCACAGCAAAGUCUUUGCUCUGCUGUCGAGUCAGCCCUGGUAACUCUGACAUGUGUUGUUCUGUCCUUUGGGAUUGUUGUUCUUUGUGAACCUCCACGUGCUGCAGGCAGCACCUGAUAGCAAACACUGUUUUCUGUGACUGUUGAAUCACCAAAGCAAAGGACUUCAGCUUUGGUUUUCUAAAUAUUGACAAGUCUUCUCCCAAGACAAGCCCAUUGGUGAGGAACAGCCCCCCAGAACUGCCUGCACAAGCUCUUCUACUGGCCCCUUUCCAAGGGGCAAACUUGCUGUAUCCACAGAGUAACCCAGUGUCCACAGGAGCCUGGGAAUGCCCGGAACAAGUGGAGCAACCUGAUGCCUGGUAAUGGGAAACAAGAAUCUAACCUUCAACACCCCCCACCCCGGUGACUAAAUCGACGCUUUUCUGCGGAAGAGAUGUUGAUGUACAAGAUCCUCCACCACGCUUUUCCUCUUCCACAAAGAGCAAAGGAGAAAUGGUUGUUUCAUUGUUUGACUGAGGAUAUUUUCAUGUUGCUGUAGUUGGCAGGCUGGGUGUGCACCAGGCUCCUGGGAAUGCUGCUGCUGCUGCCACUUCCUCUGCUCCAAGCAAAACUUUUGCUGCAAUUACAGGCAGCAGCUGGGAACUGGGGGAGGAAGGGAGGGAUUAACAGCCUUGUGCUUUCACAGAUCCUUCCAACACCUCAGCAGGGGCAAAUGCAACCUGCUGCAGAUUUGGACCUGCCCUUUGGAUGAUUUACAGGGCGAAGGCACAGCGGGAGGGAGGCACCUUGGGUGCAUUUGGGGCAGUUUCAGCAACGCUCUGUGCAAUACUAUGACUAGCCUGGGCAUAAAAUCCAUUUGCCUAGUCUUCCCUGGUGAUGGAUAUAUGUUUGGUUAUCAAUAAAUUAGUCACCCAGCAAAACUGUACAGAACAGCCCUGGCCCACAGGCAGUGGCACAAGAUACACCUGCAUUGCAAGAGGUGCACGCUGGGGCUGCUGCUCUCGGUGGGAACCUUCUCUGGAGGUUGGCUGUGGGAUUAAAGAGGUGACUUUGCCACCCUCAUGCCCUCUAAGUCCACCUGACCAUCUUUCCUGGGCACAGAUAGUCCAAGAAGUUUUUUUAACUGCUCCUUUUUGUUUGUAGAAUGAGCUUGGCUCUCUCCAGAGGGGUUACAGGAACAACCAACAGCCCGGUGAACCAGCCUGGGGUUUGCACCAGUAGUGCCACUUUCAUGUGACAACAUGCCCCAGCUGACAAACCCUGGCUCCCUGGGGGCAGCCUGGAUCUGAAAUGUUGGUGGGAGAAUGUGUCUGCUCUGCUGGAGGACCCUGCCUGCAUCAGUUUUGCUCAGCAGCGAAAUCUUGGGGUGAGAUAAUCAUGGGCUUGUUAUUUUGCUGCUGGGCUGGUGGACUUUGAGAAGCUGGAGUGAAAUUUCUGUCCCUCUGUAGGGUGACACCUUUGGACUGUGCAUAAUGAUCCCCAAAGUCACCUGUGACCCUGGAGACCAAGAGACUUCUGCCGCCAAGGUGGGAGCUGUGCCAUCCAAAAUCCCUGACCUUGUGUGCCUGUGCUCCAGGGACACACGGUGCAGAUAAGUGUCCACCCACCUGAGGAGCGAGCCUGGAAGCAGAAUUCCCUGAGCCUGGCAGGGGAAGGCCAGGACAAUGAUGGAGAAAGGUCUGGACAACUUCCUGAGUCACAGCUCUUCUACCAGAGCACCUUGUCCAGUGCCAGAAGCCCUGGAGUGUUCGGACCAUGGGGUGAUGCCACUCAACUUCCCACAUCCCAAGACCUCUGUGACAAGCCAGGAAGGAACCCUCUCCAGGAAUCACUUGGUAGCAUUGGCUCCAUGCUGGGGAAGCCCCUGAGCUUGGCAUUUUAGGGAUGCAACGCCCAUGAUGGUCCCUCCUUUUGGUCACAUCCUUCUUCCCGAAUGAAAAAUGACGCAGCGAUGCCAAGAGUUCCCCGCCUCUGUAGGUGAGGAAAACACCUGUGGGGGAGAGAGAGCUGGUCCCUUUCCCCUGCUCAUUAAUUCAGUAAAUUACAAAGGGAAAUACAUGCCGGGAAAAGCAAGAAAAAUCCCAAAAGUUAAUCCAAGAGUUAUUUCCUCCUGGUACCGGGAUAAAAACAUGUUCGUCGGAGCUCUCCAGGUCAGACAUCGUGGAGACAGGUGAACCCACACCAAAGAACAAGGUCUUCCAAGAAGCUGAAAUGAAGGGAUCCCACUUGUUCCUCUGCCUCUUCUCCAUGUGCUGCUGGGUGGAUUUGAUACCCACAGCUGGGGACAAAAUCCUGCACUUUGGAGCCUGCAGGGUUUCCAUGAGCAUGACCGAGAUCAGGGCUGGUUUCACAGCAAUUAAAGCCAACAUUCAAGCAAGAGACCCCAUCCGGACCCUGAGCAUCUUGUCCCAUCCCCACUCCCUGCACAAGGUUAACUCUUCAGACAGGUGCUGCAUCACCCAUCACCUCUUCAACUUCUACGUGGACAAAGUUUUCAAGCACUGCAAGACCGAGGAUUCGUAUGUGAACCGAAAAAUCAGCAGCAUCGCCAACUCCUUCCUCAGCAUGAAGAGGAAACUGGAGCAGUGUCAUGAGCAAAAUCAGUGCGUGUGUGGGCAGGAAUCCACUGAGAAAUUUAAGCAAAUACUUGCAAACUACGAAGGGCUGAAUGUCACAAAUGCAGCGAUGAAAUCCCUGGGUGAGCUGGACAUCCUGUUAGACUGGAUGGAGAAAUCUCCUUAGGGAGCAGGAGGCGUCAACGACCCACCACGGCCGGGGCCGAUGGAGCUGCUGGGACCUUGCACACCCCAGUGAUGAGAGGGACAAAAAUGCCCUGUGUCAGUGCAGCUCCUCACUGAUUCCAGCUGGGUUCAGUCAGAGUGCUUUGCUAGCCAGGCACAUCAGUGAAGGCACCAACAGAGUCUUCAUUAAGAUGGAAAUAACCAGUUUGAUUAAAUCAGCGCUGCCCUCGCUUUGCUGGCUUCUAUCAAAGGAUGCUCCAAGGGAAAGAGCUCAAAGGGUUUCUCUUGCUGGCAGACAUAAGCUGUGACCAUGUAACAAAAUUGUUGUUUAAGUUAUAAAUUUUCUGUGCAGGGAAUGUAUAUUCAGAUAGGAAAUGUGUAUUCAUGAGUGCUGGAAGGACUCUGGUGCAGCUUAAACCUGGGCUCAGCCUCACGGAGCUGCUGCCACUGAUGGACCUGGCUCAAACAAGGUGCACAGUGUGAGAAAUGCUUCCAAGAAUAGGUCCUAGAAGGUGUGUGAGGCCUUAGAGGUCUGCCUUUCCUUUUGAGAUGAUAUUUUCUGCCUUAUCAGUAAAAAAGUUUCUGUGCAAGAUAUGUGGUUGCUGAAUAGAAAAAGGCUCCUGUGUGUGUUGUGCAAUUUACUGACACUCAGUAGUGAGUUUUGUGGAAAUUGGUUGCAAUGA